AGAAGGUGUAGCGCAAUAGUUUGCGCAUUUGUCCCGUCAAACCCAAUACCACACUAUUCGUAGAUGGAAAGUUCAGUCUCUUUACAUCCAGGAAAUUAUUUUCACAGCAAACCACUGCUUGUAUUUGAAGAAGCUAUUCGACCUGCUCCUUCUACCACUGACUACCACUGAUUGACUUUUCGUCCCUCCAUCAAAUAAAAUUCAAAAUGGGCAAUUGUAAUGGUUGCUUUGCUGGGAUUAUUGGGACCUCGGAAGCCGCAAAAACCGAUAAGCCCUCCGACUUAAUGGAUUGCAAAGCAUUAGCCAACGCAUGUCAAAAGGGGGACGUGAAGGAGGUUAGUCGGCUGUUGCUAAAAUUAAGGCUUACAACAGUGAUAAGAGAAAGCUGUUUUUAUUUCUCUUCUUCUCUCGGAAGAGAGACAGGCGAACGGCCUCCUUUCUUUCUGAGAAAGAAGAGCGCCUUUCUUUCUGAGAAAGAAGCCAGCCUGCUCACAGAAAGAGAGCAACAAGACGAGACAUCAACUGACAGCAACCAAUAUUAAGAUUUUUCCAUCUGCUCUAACACUCGCAGAUCCAUGUUGGGCCGACGAGAGUUUUUUCAACUAUACGCCUCUUCAUAGGGCAGCAGGACAAGGACAUACUGAGGUCGUUCGACUUCUGCUCGCAGAUGAGCGAGUAAAUGGUGGGAACGUCGUUAAGAGAUGUGUUUUUCUGCACCACUUGGUUUGGGAGUGGACGAUUGACUAGAAGUAAUCUACUGAUUGUUCGAAAAACUGAAAUAAGCGAGUGACUACUGAAAAUAAGCGAGAUGUUCACUGAACGAGGAAGAGUAGCGCUGUCAAAGCUACCUUCCUUCUUUCGGUAACGCGGUUAUUUCAGUAGGAGUAUGUUGAACUCUCUCAACGUUUUCUAAGCUCUACAUGCGAAGUACAUCGGAUGAGACGCCGCUUAUCAUGGCAGCCAGGGGUCGGAGGGCUGAAAUUUGCCAAAUGCUUCUCGAAAUGGGCGCGGAUCCAGAAGCGAAAACGAAUUAUAAUUAUGAACAUGUCUUUUUUCUAGUUAGGUGUAGGUCUGCUCCACCCAUGUGAACAUGUUGAGAGAAACAAAGCGAAACAUUCCUCUCCGUAGAAGCUCCUUAGGAGGCAAAGUAAGGACUUAGAUUUUUCAUGAUAGAAGAUUUUCCACCGCUGUGUAGCUGUUCUGAGUUCUAGGCUCCGUUUGUUUUCUAUCCGUUGUAAAAAGGAUAUCACUUCCUUUGGUCUGCCUCGGUCUAGCUCAUAUUAGACCACCACCACUAGACGCUUUCAUUAUGCGGGCAACUUGGCUCGUUCAGCGCGCAGCUAUCUCGUCGAAGCCGGUUAUGGAGCGUUGCUCUGACGCAAAAGAUUUUACUACUUUUUAUAAGUAGAACAGGUAGAAGAAGCUUCUUUCACUGGAAUGAUGGUUCCCACACGUUGGAAGAUGUGUGUAUCCAUACGUAUACGGAGAACAGAAGAAAUAGAUUCGUACUGUGGUAGAAGGCCAAUAAAAUGAGAUCUCUAGUUUUUUCCAUAUGAGAUAUAUCGGCCCUUAGAUAAGAGAGCGUGCCGGCGUUACUCAUGCCAUAGCGCUAUCGGUUCUCUGCCGCGUCUCUACUCGGGUCGCAACGGAAUCAGGCCGCGACAGUUGUCACGUGAUUCGCAAAUGAAUGAAUGAACGAG